AUGCUGACAACCAAAUUCGCUGCUGUACUCGUCUUCGUAACGGCAUCCUUUCUUUGGACAACAACAUUUUGGUAUUGCAAAACACACUUCUAUCGAGACCCAGGCAGUGCGUUCUACGACGAAGGUCGAGCGUUCACCCGGUUCUAUAGUUCUGUGAGAGAGAAUCAAGCGAACGUGUUCUUGGAGGUUCCUGCUGGGUUGACGAAAGCUUCGAAAUCCGCCAGUCUCUGUGCGUCGUUUCAGAGCUUGGCCAUUCUCAGCGCUCUUGAAGGUUUAUCACUCCAAGAGAGAGCAGACAUCUAUGUCUCCGCCUUCAUCGCUUACACGAUCCCAGAAGAGCACCCUAGUUGGCACAAUAAGACACUUCACGGACUUUUAGAUGACUUCCACUCGUACAAUUCAUCUUCCACGCAACUUGAAACGAUCCAAGUGUAUGAGAAGACACACAACUACGAGCGAAAGGGUGUUUCCGACUACAUCUAUGGUUUGGAGCAUUGUCUCAACGAAACUCAAGCACCAUGGAUUGCGAUGUUCGAGGACGACAUCAUCUUUGCAGAUGGCUGGUUGGCAUACACUUUGAGCACCCUGGCUGAUUUCGAGGCCAAGAUCAAGUCGAAGACGUCGGGACCUCAUGAAUUGCUUUUUCUAAGACUCUUCAAUCAAGAGCGAACGAUCAACUGA